AUGGACAUUCUGGCCAACCAGCACAGCUUCGAUGAGAAUGAAAUCUUUCAACUGGAAUAUGUCGGAGGACAUGGCUUCAACUCGUUCGAGCUGACUCUCGCUGUACCGCCAGACGAGCGCGGAGAUGCACCAGCCUCACCGACAGGUCCUGUCAUAGUCAACCCUGCCAACGGCUUUUCGGAUACCGUUUCCUUGGCCACUGGCUUCUGGCGUCUUCGAACUCGUGCCGGUCGCCUGUGGCGCAUGGCGGCUGGCAGUCCUGUUCAAAACUCAGCCGACGACAAGAACUCGGGCCAAAGUGAGUCACCUAAGGCUGUUCAGGAACCGAUAGUUCACUUUCUAGCCAUGAACCUAAGCGAAGUCAUAGCAGUUCUUCCAACGCCUUCUCUUGAAAGGCUUCCCACAGUCUCAGUCCCGCUCCCAACGAGGACUGAGCAUGAUCAAGCGUCACCACUUCGUCACGCCGCCAAUCCUGCCAGUGCGCCAAAGGUUUUACGUGACCUUCAAGGCAUUCCAAGGCCCUUCCAUUGCAAACCGAGUGAAUGGGUUUCUGAACUUUUAGUGGAUUUUGAAUGA